GUGGAGGCCGGGGUGGAGAGGACCAGAGCCCGCAGCCGUGGCAGCCGCGCCAGGCGACAGCUCGGGCGGCCGCCGCCGUGCGCCCAGGCCCGGCUCGCAUGCGAGUCACGUCCGCCCCCUCGGCGGCCGCCCCGAGACGCCGGCCCCGCCGAGUGAUGAGAACAGACGUCAAACUGCCUUAUGAAUAUUGAUGCGGACGCUGGGCUGCUUUCGUAGAGAAGCAGAAGGAAGCAAGAUGGCUGCCCUUUAGGAUUUGCUAGAAAGGAGACCCGACUGCAAGGACUGGCUUGCUGCGAGGCUGGGGGCCGAGAACGAGGCUGGCAGACUUUUGGCAGCAAACCUCCCAGGAUUAUCCAUGUGCCCUUGCUCCUGUUGAACCCACACCCUUGGAGGCAGGAGAUGGGUCCAUUCUCAGCCAACAGGACAUGAUCCAGGAGGAACGGUGAGGAAGAACAGAGCUGCUGAGUUCAUUCAGAGGGCAGCCUUGUGGAUGGCCCCGAAGCAAGCCCGAUGGAAGAGGAUAGAACCAACCAUGUUGAGGGCAACAGACAAAGUCCAUUCUUGAGACCGUUACCUUCCCCGAUCUGCCAGGCAGAACCUCUGGCUGUCAAACUCCAGAAUGGAAGCCCAGUAAUUGAGAGACCACAUCAAGAAGUAAAUGGAGACACCAAGUGGCAGUCUUUUAAGAGCCAUUACGGAAUACCGCAUCUAAAGGACAGCCAGAGUAGUUGUACCAGUCCAGAUUUUAUCCAAGAAGGCCAAGGGUAUUCCAAGCAUUUGCCAAAUACAGGAAUAAAACGCACACUUAGUGAACCGUCUCUCUCUGGGCUCCCAAACAACAAGAAAUGGAAACAAGACCAAAAGGCUAAUGGAGAAAGCAAUCGCUUCGGGGAAAGGCAAGUAAGAAAUCCAGGUAAAAGUAGCAGUCAACCAAAUGUCUCCGAUUUGAGUGAUAAGGGAGAAUCUGUGAGCUCAGGAGCCCAAGAAUAUUCAGUGAAAAAUUCCACCAGUUUUCCAUCACAUCACUGUAAUGGCUCCGAAAGUCCAGAGCUUCAGAUUCUGAAGGAGCAGGAAAGGGAAAAUGCCAGCGACCACGACAAGAACGUUGUAUUACUUCUUACAAACCAGGCAGUGCUAAUGUCUAAUGGUGCUACCGAUUCUGCCUCUUCCAUGGAAAACAUGCAUGGUGAGCUCCUGGAGAAAACACUGUCUCCCUAUUAUCCGGGGUGUGUUUCCAAUCCAGUGCAGACAACCACAUCUCACAUCAAUGCCAUUAACAGUCAGGCUACUCAUGAGGUGUCCUGUGAGCUCACUCACCCACUGCAUACCUCAGGGCAGAACAAUUCCCAGACCUCAAUCCCUGAGCUGCCACCAGAGCCAGCGGAGGCCUGUGAUGCUGAGAAUGCCAACAAACCCAUGGCAAUGCGGGGGGCCCCUUGUUCCCCUCAAACACCAGACUACCACCAACCACAAAAGUCACUCUUCGAGAUUGGCUCAACUACAGCAGAACACAGCAGCCUCCAAGGAAACAUGAAACGUGUCUCUGGUGAAGAAUUCUGUUCAGGUGCCGGCAGCAAGGUGCAAGCUUCUCGUGGCAACUGUGAACAGUAUUUAAAGCAAAACGAUAUGAAUGGUGCUUACUUCAAGGGAAGCUCAGUGUUCACUAAGGAUUCCUUUCCUACCCCUCCUACACCACCCCAAAUGCUUCUUUCUCCCCCUCCUCCUCUUUCUCCUCUUCCUCGGUUUCCUUCAGAAGGAAACAUUACUCUGAAUGAUGGAGUUUUGGAAGCAAAUCACCACCAUGUGAACCAAAGCAACGUAACCCUGCUACAGGAAGUGAAAGCUGAACGUCACCCUUUGACAACAGCAUCCCAGAGCCCUGAUCCCUCGACCAGCCUGCCCAGCCCUGCUCUAUUGCUCCCAGAAGGUCCUCAGAAUCAUUGUGUUAGUAACAAUGGCAUCCAGACACCAGGGACAGCCACUGUUCCCUCGGCUUCUGAGAAAUCAAUAUCAGAACAUCUCAAACAUAACCCACCAACACUUGGUAGCCAUGGAGAUUUAGAGGACCAUCACCAGCAGCUGAUGAGAUGCAAAGAGGAAGCGAUGGGGAAGGAUGGAGCAAGAGAUCAUGUGCUCCCAACUCCACAUUCACUGAAACGGUGGAUUGAAUUGAAGACUCCUCACUUUCACCAAGCGGAAUCUCACCCACCAUUCCGUGAGGCCUCCCUACAGUGUCAAUCCGAUUCUGCUCAUCCAAUCGCCUCCACACAAUACACUGGAAAUUCCAACAUAAGUGGAGGGCUCUCCAGGCAAGUUUAUCCCCAGAAAGUGAUGCCUCAGGAGCAGAAGUCACAAAUGUACCAAGUAGAGACGCUUCAAGGGCAGUCUCAAGGUGUAUUGGACCAACAUCUCCAGUUCCAAAAAUUCUCACCCCAAGUGCACAUUUCUAAGACGGACCCAUCACCUGAAUCUCACAGGAAGGUACUGUGUGCCUCGAGAUUUUAUUUUCCACAAAGAGCUGACCCACACACAGAGACGCUCCUGUCCCCAUUGUUAAAACGGCACUUGAAUCAACAGGUUACUGAGAUUGAGCACUUUUCAAGCUCAUCACUUAAGCGUCUCAAGAAGGCAGAACAAAUCCAACCAUCCCAGGAUCCACACUUCUCUCAAAACCAGCAGCUGCAGCAGCAGAAAUUACAAAUGAGGAGUAAAGAACAAACGCCUCAGGCUUUCCCUCAUCCCCAAGGUAACAAUGGUCAGCAAAGAGAAGGAUCACUCAUUGGCCAGAUUAAAGUCGAAGAAUGCUUUCGUGGUGAAACUCAGUAUUCAAAAUCAAAUGAGUUCCAAGCUCAUACCACCCAAGAGAAAUCAGAGCAAGUACAGAAUACUAACAGGAAUGUCCCUUAUGGUCAUACCUUAAAAUUAAGGGCAAGCAAUCCACACCUAAUUCCAGAGAGUAAUGAACAAAUCACACAUUCUGAACUCUUUGCAGGAAACAAGACCUCCAACGUGCACCCAGUGCACUAUUAUCCAAAUCAUGUGACUCCAAAGCAAGAAGUUCCUCACAGGUGCUUUCAAGAACAAGAGCAGAAGCCUCCACCAGCUUCUGUUCUACAGGUAUAUAAAAACAGAAACCAAGAGAUGGCAGGACAGCAAGCCGCACAGCUAGCUCAGCAAAGGUACUUGAAGUAUCACCCUACAGAGGCACUCCCUGCCUCUGACCAGGGAGGGUGUCGCAUUCGUGUUAGCCCUCCCCCAAAGGACAGCCCAAAGCACGCUGCUCUCAGGUGGCACCUCCUCCAAAAGCAAGAGCAGCAGCAAGUGCAGCAAGCCCAAGCCGAGUCCUGCCAGAACCAGAUACACAGGCCAGUCAAGUGUGAACCUGGCUCUAAGCCCCAGGCCUGUAUGCGCGCAUCAACACCUCAAGAGAACAAAACUUGGAAAAAGACACCCAAACAAGAGAUGCCACCUCUGAGCUGCGAGAAGAGCCAGCAGAAGAGCAUCCUCGAGACCAUGGAACUGCAGGUGAAGCAGUUUCAAGUCAAAUCACUCUUUGACCAUAAAGCACUUAGUCUCAAGUCGCAGAAACACGUGAAAGUAGAAAUGUCUGGGCCAGUGACAGUACUAACGACACAAAUCAAUAGUCACACUUCCGCUUCAGAGCAGCAAGCAUCUCCUUUAGAAAAGACACCAAGCAAAAGAACAGCUGGCUCUGUUCUCAAUAGUUUUGUAGAGUCACCUUCCCAAUUAUUUGAGGCGCCUAUAAAAAAUUUAUGGAGUGCACCUGCCAAGACUCAGUAUGAAUUCCCGUCGUGCAGAUGUGUAGAGCAAAUUAUUGAAAAAGAUGAAGGUCCUUUUUAUACCCAUCUAGGAGCAGGUCCUAAUGUGGAAGCUAUUAGAGAAAUCAUGGAAGAAAGGUUUGGAGAGAAGGGUAAAGCUAUUAGAAUUGAAAGGGCCGUCUAUACCGGUAGAGAAGGCAAAAGUUCUCAGGGAUGCCCUAUUGCUAAAUGGGUGAUACGCAGAGCCAGCCUGGAGGAGAAGCUGCUGUGCUGCGUGCGGGAGCGAGCGGGCCACCGCUGCAAGGCGGCCGUGAUCGUGAUUCUCAUCCUGGUGUGGGAGGGGAUCCCCACCCCGCUGGCCGACACCCUCUACUCGGAGCUCACGCAGUCGCUGCGGAAGAACGGCGCCCUCACCAAUCGCCGCUGUGCCCUCAAUGAAGAGAGAACCUGUGCCUGUCAAGGGCUGGACCCAGAGACCUGUGGUGCCUCCUUUUCUUUUGGUUGUUCAUGGAGCAUGUACUACAAUGGAUGUAAGUUUUCCAGAAGCAAGAACCCAAGAAAAUUUAAGCUGCUUGGGGAUGAUCCAAAAGAGGAAGAAAAAGUAGAGUCCUAUUUCCAAAAUCUGUCCACUCUUCUUGCCCCCAAAUACAAGAUACUUGCACCAGAUGCAUAUGAUAAUCAGAUUGAGUAUGAAGACAGAGCUCCAGACUGCCGCCUGGGUCUGGCAGAAGGCCGACCGUUCUCGGGGGUGACGGCGUGUUUGGACUUCUGUGCUCACGCCCACAGGGACCUGCACAACAUGCAGAAUGGCAGCACAUUGGUGUGCACCCUCACUAAAGAAGGCAACCGAGAAUUUGGAGUGAAACCUGAGGAUGAGCAGCUCCACGUACUGCCUCUGUACAAGAUCUCUGAUGUGGAUGAGUUCGGGAGUGUAGAAGGCCAGGAGGAGAAAAAAAGAAGUGGUGCUAUUGAGGUUCUCACCCGUUUUCAUCACAAAGUCCGCAUGCUCGCUGAGCCGGCCAAGAGUUGUCGACAGAGGAAACUUGAAGCCAAGAAAGCUGCCGCUGAGAAGCUUUCCAAUUCUCUGGAGAACAACUCAAGCAAGAAUGAGAAGGAAAAGUCGGCCUCAUCACGGACAAAGCAGAUUGAAAAUGCGGGCCAGGCCAAACAGCUGGCAGAACUUUUUCGACAUUCUGGACCAGUCACCCAUCAGAGCCAGCAGAGCCAGCAGAGCCAGCAGAGCCAGCGACCCCAGCCGGCCCAGCCAGCCCAGCGACCCCAGCCGCCCCAGCAUGCCGUGACUAGCAACCCUCAGUCGGAAUCCGGCAGCUCUUCCUCGGGGUCCAGCAAUGUGUACAUGCGAAGGCCCAAUCCCAUUAGCCCUUACCGAAGCUCCCCGCACCUGUCAGACAUUUAUGGAGGCGCCAACCACAUGAAUCUCUAUGGCACCUCACCCCAGGGUGCUAGUUCUUAUUUGAGUUCUUCUAAUCCCACGAACCCCUAUCCCGGACUUGUAAAUCAGAAUAACCAGUACCCCUCCUACCAGUGCAAUGGCAACGUGGCCGUGGACAACUGUUCCUCUUACCUGGCCCCCUAUUCUCCCCUGACUCAGCCCGUGGAUUUAUACAGAUACCCGAACCAAGACCACCUCUCCAGGCUGAAUCUCCCACCCAUCCACACGCUCUAUGAGCAGCGGUUUGGCAACAGCCAGAGGCUCACCUCUAAGUACUUAGGCGAUGGAAACCAAAAUCUGCAGGGCGACACCUCCAGCAGGUGUACCCCGAGACCAAGCGUGUGCCAGGUCGGGCCCUUUCCUCCCCACUCGGCUCACGAGGUGGAUGGGCACUGCGUGGGUGCUGCCUCCAGAUUACCACCCAGUGCCAGCAUUCCAGCCCUCGAUGGGAAACACAGUGACCCUCAGCCACCUGUCCCCACGCCCCCCAACUACAGCCCAGCCUCGGGCUCCCUCCCCAGCCUGAACCCCCAACUCAAGAACCACAACGCCCUCGCCCACACCACCAACGGGCUCUGCAAGAUGUUUCCAGGGCUGAGCCACGACGGGGCCGCUGCUCCUCUUGGGGUGCUGCCCAGGUUGGGCGAUGCAGGGCAGCCUACGCCCGUCAUCCAGGCGGCGGCUCCGGGGAAAGAGGACAAGGAAGACGUCUGGUCGGACAGUGAGCCGAGCUUUCUGGACCCUGACAUUGGCGGUUUGGCUGUGGCUCCAACUCACGGGUCCAUCCUCAUUGAGUGUGCAAAGCGUGAGCUCCACGCCACGACCCCUCUCCGCAACCCAGAUAGGAAUAAACCCACCAGGAUCUCGCUGGUCUUUUACCAACACAAGAGUAUGAAUGAACCGAAACAUGGCUUGGCGCACUGGGAAGCCAAGAUGGCUGAGAAGGCUCGAGAGAAAGAGGAAGACUGUGAGAAGUAUGGACCGGAUUAUGUGCCUCAGAAAACGCAUGGCAAAAAAGUGAAGCGGGAGCCGCAGGAGCCUGCUGAGCCCACCUACCUGCGCUUCCUCAAGUCCCUGGUGGAGAAGACCAUGUCGGUGACCACAGAUUCCAUGGUGACCACGUCUCCAUACGCCUUCCCGAGGGUCACCGGGCCCUACAAUAGGUACAUAUGAGGUAGCCAUGGCCAGCCACCGCGGGAGGACAGACACAGCCAACCUGGUGCUUUGUGUAACCCUCAUGACCUGGGCAAAGUGGGGAGACGGGGCAGGGGUCGCUUCACUUCCGCUCACUCCCAAGUGGUCACUCACAGAUGGUGUGGGAGGGGUGCAUUCUAUGCAAAAUUUAAAAAAAAAAAAAAAAGAGGUGGACACACCCUUGAAAUAAUUUCCAUUUUCAAACACUGGUUCUAGGACGGGAGGGGCUGAUAGGUAAAUGUGAUUUCCUUGAACAACUCAGCCUAUCUGUGGCCACUUUUAAUAAUAAGGUUUUGCAUAGUCGUGGGACACAAAAACUGUAAAGUACAGUUGCAGGAAUCUUCACAUAGCAUCUGGUGCUGAAUAUAUACAAUGUACUGAAAUACUGGAAUUAUGGAUUUUUAACAUGCAGUUCUUACUGUACCCUUAUUAUUAACUUAUUUAUCAAAAUAGCUACAGGAAGAAGUGUUGAGUAGCAGCAAAACACUGAAUUUGUUUGGAUGUGCUACAAAAUGGUGCUAAGAAAAUGGUGUCUUUACUAGUUGAAAACUAAUGCCUUUCUAUCAUCAAGUUGCUGUCCAUGUACCCUCAUGGUAAUCCCCUUAAAGAAUUAGGGGUACCUUUGCAUUCAAGUUUUUAUCAAAAUGACCUGUUCUUACACAAGCUUACUUUUUUUUUUUUUUAAAAAGUGGCCUCUGGAGCUUACUCAUCCACUGACGUCCUUAUAGGACAAUAAAUGUACACAUGUACAUAAUACACACGUACAUUUGUAUACGUGUACAUACAUGUAUAUGUCUAACUAUUUUAAAUGGUGUUUUAGAAGCACUUUGCCUACCUAAGCUUUGGCAACUUGAACAAUGCGAAGGUACUGAGACGUUUAAGAAAAAAAAAAGGUUUACUUGUAUUUCCAAAUGAAAAGAUUUUUUUUUUAACAUACCCUGAAGCAUAGUGGAUUCAAAGGAAUACAUCAGUCCAUAAGACAUAUGUGUUCUGGUGCUCAUUUCCCAUGCUAUUCAGUCCCAUACAAAAUUGUAUGACAAGUUUGUCACUCAAAAAUGUACCAUUUUCCCCCCAGAGUUUUUCAUUAGCUGUGGGUAGAGCUUAGCCAAGCAUAGUCACUGAAGCUUGCACGGGUCUUCAGACCUGUGUGCGUGCUCUUCAGAGAACGGAAUGGAUUCCCGCCUUUGUGCAAAGAAUUGUGUUCAUCGUUGUGAAUGCUUAGGAAGAUUGAAGUGGACUGAGUAAACAGGGUUCGUUCCAUGUGAAUCUUGAUGGUUACAAAGAAGGCAAAGAAAAAUAAAUAAAUAAAUAAAUAAUAAAUAAAUACAGGCAGCUGGUUUGCUGUGGUGAUUUAAAAAUCAUUAAUUUGUAUAAAGCAGUAAAAAGAGUUGUAUAGUAAAUUAAAUUGUAAACAAAGCUUUUUUAACGCAAGGCUUUAGUAUUUUAGUACUGUAAAAAAUUAAAUAUAUAUUUGUGUAUAUGUGUGUAUAUAUAUACAUAGAUAUAUAUAUAUAUACACAUAGAUACAUGAGAUGAAAGCAGAUUUCACAUCACAAUGGUGCUACUCACCCUGCUACAAAUAUAUCAUAAUGUGAGUGAAGAAUUAAAGGUUUGAUUGAUGUCCCUGGUUGUCAUAUACCUCAAUACUAGUGUGGCAAUAAGAUAGGACCUGGGUGGAGACUUAGCAUUGUGUACCAACAUAUUUUUUCCAAGUCUUUUUUUUUUAUUGCUUAAAAAAAGCAUACUUUUUUUUAAUCAAUACUUGAUUUUUUAGCAAGUAUGACUUGAACAUCAACCUUUUUGUUCUAAAAAAUUCAGGGAUAUCUCAGCUCAUGUUCUCCUAUGCCAAUGUCGCCUGUGUUUAUGUAAAAUUGUUUUAGGUUAAUAAAUGUAUUUCUUUUUUUUCAGGGAUUUAGCCCUUCUAUUUUGAAUCCCUCCUAUUUUCCUUGUAUAUGUAUUGAUGUAAGUAACGAAAACUAAUUUUGUAAAUCUGUUGGCUGUUCAUUGUAAAGAAAAGCAUUUUAAAGUACUGGGCCUUUUUCUUUUUUUCCUUUUUUGGGUGUUUCAUGACAUUAUUACAUGAAAAUAGAAUGCACUGAGCUGAUAAAGGGAAAAUUGUGUGGCAGAAGUUUGGCAAGUGACUGUUGGGCCAGAAGCCUUUUAAUCCUGAAUAAACGUGGGCUUUUUGUUUUGUUUUUUGUUUUUAUCCAACAAUCAAUACACGUUUAUAACUCUAGGAAGACAGCCCAGCAUAGAGGUAUGGUGUGCAAUAGGACUGUAUAAUUACGUUUCAGUCUAAAUAUAUUUUUGCUUACUAGCUUUUCAAACAAUACAUUCUUAAUCUAUUGAGUCCUUUGAGUUUCAUUCAUCAGAUCUGAAGAUGAACUUUUUUUUUGUUUUAAAAAAAAUCUCAAGUUUUUGGCUAUAUGUCCAAUAUAGAAGCUUUUUGUUUUGUGUAUCAGUACUGGGGGCCUGAACUCAGGGCCUGGGAGCUGUCUCUUAGAUUGCUUUUGCUCAAGGCUAGUGUUCAACGACUUGAGCCACAGCUCCAACUUUGGGUGUUUUUGACAAGACUCUGAUGGACUUUCCUGCCCAGGCUGGCUCUGUAUCGAGAUUUUUCAUCUCUCAGACUCCUGAGUGGCUAGCAUGCCAGGAGCGAGCCGCCGAGUCCUGCUCUCUAAGCAUUUUUUACUGUGUGCUAUGCAUACAAGCCACGUGUUUUACAUACAUUAUCUAAUUCAGAACAUCUGCUGACGGAGGGUCAGCCAUCCCGCUGGAAGAUUUGGUUUCUGUGUCAUCUGCUGUCAUUUGUCAAACUACUGGCCAGCAGGAGCAGGAAGUGUGGUCCAGAGUGUUGGGAAGAGUGGGGUAGGAAGAGAGGAGGUUGAAUGGCAUUUUGUAAAUAUCAGAUCUAUCAUUGUAAAUAUCAAACCUGCCUCUGUCAGAAUGAAUGGAAAGCAGAGCUACAGUUUGCUUCUAUAGGAAUUAUCAGGUUGACUCGAUAGCCAUACUUGAAAAUGCUUCUGAGUGGUGUCAACUUUACUUGAAUGAAUUUUUUCAUCUUGAUGGAUGCACAGUGACAGGUCACCUCGAAAGCUAGUGGUUUAACUCACCUAGGAAACUUUUGCAGUUUGACACUAAGAUAAUAAACUUGGACAUGCAUUUUUCUAUGCUUUAUUUUUUUAAUGUAGUUUUCAUUUCAUUUUCAAGAGAUGUUUGGUUUAUAAAAUCUGAGGGUGGCUAUAAAUACUGUAAGUAUUGUAAUGUUAUGAAUGCAGGUUAUUUGAAAAAGCUGUUUAUUAUAUCAUUCCUGAUAACGCUAUGUGAGUGUUUUUAAUAAAAUUUAUAUUUAUUUAAUGCA